AUGCUCCUCUGUGAGGGCAAUGGGCUGCUGGCCAAGAUGGAUCCUAAGGAGUGUGAGAGGCAGCUGGAGAGGAAACAGAAGAACCGGGAGGCUGCCCAGCGCAGCCGGCAGAAACACACGGACAAGGCGGAUAUCCUGCACCAGCAGCUGGAGUCACUGGAGAAGGAAAACCACGCCCUGCGGAAGGACAUCCAGAUCCUACAGACGGAGCUGUUGUUGUGGAGUCAGACUUGCUGCAUGCACCAGCGCCUGUGCCACUUAGAAAGCACCUCCCUUUCUGCCCCCGAGUGUCGUCCAGGGCCACCUGACUUUCUCUUAGGGACCCCAGCCUCCCCGACUCUACCACUCUAUGUUUCCCCAGGCCUCCACACAUCUCUGCCAUCACAGUCCCUGAGCCCCACUGUGGUCCCUGCGCCUUCUACCCAGCUGUCCUCCAGCCUUGUCCCGCCUCCCUCCACCGCCUGCUCUAGCCUACUGGGGGCUUCCUCGGAGCUCAGAGCUCCUCUGCAGCCCCUCGGGCAGGAGCCCCCUGCUGAAGGGAAGCUGGAGUCCUUGCCCCACUGUCCCUUGGCUUCCCUGGGGCUUGAAAGGCUGCACAUCGGGGAGCAUACGCCGGUCCACCCCGCUGAAGGGAAGCUGGAGUCCUUGCCCCACAGUCCCUUGGCUUCCCUGGGGCUUGAAAAGCUGCAGAUCGGGGAGCAUACGCCGGUCCCAGCCUUCUGCUCAGUAGGGAUCCAACGUCGCGUAGCCUCUGAGCGGCAGCACCACGCGCAUGCACAGACUGUGGCCAGGCCUCGGAGCCUAUGCCCAGAGCGGCGGGAGGAGGAGCAUAGCGUGCGUAGAAGGCUUGAGUGGCAUGCGAGACACACGCUCCGAGGUCGCGGACGAGUAGCUGAACGAGCUGUGCGUCGUUCCAAGUAG